AUUGCAGACUUUCAAAACAAAGUGAAAAUAUCGUCCGUCGCAUUAAAAAUUUCAAUUUUUCUUUUUAAAUUUUUACAAAAAAAAACCAAGAAAAAAACAAUAAAAUAUAAAGAAAAGCAGGACAUUGUAAUAAAAUUAUAUCUUCAACCAAUUUAAAUGCUAAUUUUGUUGAUUUAAAAAAAAAUUUAUAUUAAAUUGACUUACACAAAAAAAAAAAACAUUUGCAAUCAUGAGCAAACAUACAUAUUCCACGGCGAACCUCACUGAUGUCCAACUCAAAGAGCAGGGCAAUCAAAUGUUCUCAGCUCGCAAAUUCGAUGAUGCUAUUAAUUGUUAUAGCAAAGCAAUUAUUAAAAAUUCAACAAAUGCCACAUAUUUCACGAAUAGGGCGCUAUGCCAUCUGAAGUUAAAACGAUGGGAUCAAUCGUGUCAAGACUGUCGUCGUGCAUUGGACAUCGAUCCGAGUUUGGUGAAGGCACACUUCUUUCUCGGUCAGUGCCUCAUGGAGCUGGAAUUGUACGACGAAGCAAUAAAACAUUUACAACGGGCUUAUGACCUGGCUAAAGAACAGAAACAAAACUUUGGUGAUGAUAUUACAUCGCAAUUGAGAUUGGCGAGAAAGAAGCGUUGGAAUGUUAUGGAGGAGAAACGUAUAUGUCAAGAAAUUGAAUUGCAAACAUAUCUAAAUAGGCUAAUAAAAGAAGAUAUGGAAAACAGAUUGGCAAAACUUAAAUUAGUUGAUGAUGUGAAUGAGGAUCAUUUAAAAGAAAAACAACAAGAAAUCGAACAAGAAUGUGACGAUCACAUAACAGAACUAAAUAAUAUAUUCGCGAAAAUUGAUGAUCGAAGACGGAAACGUGAUGUGCCAGAUUUUUUGUGUGGUAAAAUUAGUUUUGAAAUUUUAGCCGAUCCCGUGAUAACUCCAUCUGGCAUCACUUACGAACGCAAAGAUAUCGAAGAGCAUCUACAACGAGUUGGCCACUUUGAUCCAGUAACACGAGUCAAAUUAACUCAAGAUCAACUAAUUCCGAAUUUUUCCAUGAAAGAAGUCGUCGAUGUAUUUCUAGCUGAAAACGAAUGGGCUUUGGAUUUUUAGAAUUUAAGUAUUUAUCUGCCGUUAAGAUAGAGUAUUUUCAUCCACGUAAAAUAAUAAAAAAAAAAAAAACACAUUCUCCUAAACAUAAUAUUCUCGUUCGUACCCCACCAUUGCCACUGAUUUUCAAUAAAAAGAAAUAUAAAAAAAAUACAUCAACAAAUAGGAAUUUAAUGUCCUUCUUUUGGUUUGUUUGACAACACUUAAAAGUAUAUAAAAAAAAACAAUAAAAUGUUUAUAAAACUGUUUUAUCUUAUUUGAUGAUUUUUAUAGUUAAUUUCUCUUUAGAUUAGAUUUUGCAAUUUAAUUUUUAUCUCGAAUUUUAAAUUGUAAAAAAAAAAAACAAAUUGUUGAUUGCAAAUGCCCCAUUGUUUAAGAAUUUAUGUAGUUUUCUAUCUUUUUUUUUCUUUCCCUAUUUCGCCAUGAAUUGUAAAUAUUGUUUUUGAAUUUGAAUUUAUUUGAAAAAAAAAAAGAAAAUGAAGAGAAAAAAAAACAAACAAAAUAUUUUCCUAGUUAUUUAAAUAAAAAUACAACAAGAGUAUUCUUUUAUAAAAAAAAAAUAAUUUAUGUUUUAAAAUUUAAAGAAUUAAAAAAAAAAAAACAAGAACUUACGCGAAAAUCUCGUGACAUUAUUUUUUCCAUAACCCUCAAACAAUAUAUCAAAUAUACAAGUAUUUGGAAAAUAAUGUAUGUAUGUAUAUCGAGAUGAUUAUAUAAGCAAACAACAAGAAAAAUGCUUUCCAAAUAAAAUAUGUUUUUAUUUCCAUGUUA